GGGGUGUUCUGGGAUCUGUUCCUUAAAGAGAGCGCUGAGGAAGAAGGCGGCAAGAAGUAACGGACGGUGGUCUGCCAGCGGACUACAAGAUGACUGGGUCCAAUGAGUUCAAGUUGAACCAACCUCCCGAAGAUGGCAUCUCCUCCGUGAAAUUCAGCCCUAACACAUCCCAGUUUCUGCUGGUCUCAUCCUGGGACACCUCCGUCCGGCUCUACGAUGUCCCUGCCAACACCAUGCGCCUCAAAUACCAACACACUGGUGCAGUUCUCGACUGCGCUUUCUAUGAUCCAACACAUGCUUGGAGUGGGGGAUUGGAUCAUCAGUUGAAAAUGCAUGAUUUGAAUACUGAUCAAGAAAACCUUGUUGGAACCCAUGAUGCACCUAUUAGAUGUGUUGAAUAUUGUCCAGAAGUGAAUGUUAUGGUUACUGGAAGUUGGGAUCAAACAGUUAAGUUAUGGGAUCCCAGAACUCCUUGUAAUGCAGGAACAUUUUCUCAGCCAGAAAAGGUUUACACACUCUCUGUGUCUGGAGACAGAUUAAUUGUGGGGACAGCUGGUCGGAGAGUGUUGGUAUGGGACUUGAGGAAUAUGGGCUAUGUGCAGCAGAGAAGAGAGUCUAGUCUGAAAUACCAGACUCGUUGCAUACGGGCAUUUCCAAACAAGCAGGGUUAUGUGUUAAGCUCUAUUGAAGGCCGAGUAGCAGUUGAAUAUUUGGACCCAAGUCCUGAGGUACAGAAGAAGAAAUAUGCAUUCAAAUGUCACAGACUGAAGGAAAAUAAUAUUGAGCAGAUUUAUCCUGUCAAUGCCAUUUCCUUUCACAACAUUCACAAUACAUUUGCUACAGGUGGAUCUGAUGGAUUUGUUAAUAUUUGGGAUCCAUUCAACAAGAAACGAUUGUGUCAAUUCCAUCGGUAUCCCACUAGCAUAGCAUCACUUGCCUUCAGUAAUGAUGGGACCACACUUGCAAUAGCAUCAUCAUAUAUGUAUGAAAUGGAUGACACUGAACAUCCUGAAGAUGGUAUCUUCAUUCGCCAAGUGACAGAUGCAGAAACAAAGCCCAAGUCUCCCUAAUCUAAUCAUCUUGUGGAAGUGUGGCUUCUCUGUGGAAAGUUUUUGUGUACUUCCUACAAAAAGAUACAUUUGUCCUUAAGGGAUAAUUUAUAGUAAAUGUAUAUGAACUCUUGUCAUUGGAUUUCUUUCUUUUCCCUUGUCUUAAAAGAAACAUGUAUAUGUAUCAUUUAGUGCUUUACAAGAAAAAAUUUAGAAUCAGGACUCUGUGUUCUUCUUGUAACCUGAAAAGAAAUUUUUAUUUGGAAAUUUUUAACCCCACCCACCCUCCUUGGCCUCAGCAGCUUUAGCUGUUUUGUAACACAAACUGCUACAUAUUCCCUAUUGAAUAAAUGGAUUUCAGAAACUUUUAAAA